AUGUAUAUCUGGAUUAUAAUCGCAGCAUUUAUCCUGAUAUUGUGCUGCUAUCGAAUCACAGUUCCUCCUUCCCACUUGCGACAUCUCCCCCGUGUCGCGACACUUCCUCUCCUUUGCAGUUAUUUGACUGGAGAGUCUGAAGAUCGUCGGAUCAAGAGGCUCAUCAUCCCAUUUGCGAGGGACACCCAUGAACAUGUUGUUCUAGUGUGGGUCCUUGACCGAUGGAUGGUGCAUAUCUUGAAUUUCGAAGUGUGGCCACCUUUCCUACACUUUUCCUUAUACUAUCAAAUGUGCGAUAACACUGCUCUGUUUCCUAAAGAGACUCCAGAUGACGCUUCUCUCUUAUGGCGUUUCGUGGGUUCCGCCACUCUCCUCAUGUCCAAUGGCAAGCGGUGGCAAAAACAGUCCGUCUUGAUCAACGACGCGUUCAGCGCCAAAAUCCCCGUCCAAGCAUUCACAUCCCUCGCUCAUAAUCUUUCCGCUAUUGUGGGAAAGUGCCGCACUAUGCAAUGGGAUAAAUACGCUCAACGUUUCGCCCUCGACGCUGUGGGUUCGACGGUCCUCGGGCACAACUUCGACGCUAUCGAAACGGACAAUCCAUUUGUCCAAGAGUACAAUGCUGUCAUGGCUGCUAUUGCCGAUCCUAUAUACCUUAUCUUCCCAUGGAUGGAGCAUACCUUUCCUAGGAAGAAGCUCAUCUGUCGGAUCGAUACCUUGGUCGAGAGGUUCAUGCAGCUCUUAACUGACAAGAAGAACAAUCCGGGAGACGACAUGAUGACAUUCAUGCUUAAGGACCCUGCCAUGUCGCACAAGGAGCUCCGUGAUAACAUGAUCGUGUUAUUCAUCGGCGGACAUGAUACGGCGGCCGGUGCGAUAUCGACAUUGUUCUAUUUUCUUGCAUGCCAUCCUGACAUGCAGCGGCGGGCGCGGGAGGAAAUCAUGGAAGUACUGGGCGACGAUCUUGACCCAACCGUCGAACAACUCUCCGGGAUAUCAUUGCUGUAUCUCACUGCUUGUAUUCGCGAAGCCAUGCGUAUCAAUACCCCGAUUUCCUACAUCGUUCCUCGUCAGUCGAAUCGAUCUGUCCGGCUCGGAAAAUACUUCGUUCCCGCGCGUACUUCGCUGAUAGUGAAUAUCUACGCCAUUCAUCAUGACGAAGAACGCUGGAAAUCUCCCGAUGCUUUUAUCCCAGAAAGAUUUUUGGAACAAGGAUGGCAGAAAUCCGGAUGGCUUCCGUUCGCUCUGGGGCCACGGCAGUGCCCAGCAAGGAAUUUUGCCAUGUACGAGCAAAGAACAUUGGCAGCCACGUUUCUGCGGGAGUACGAGUGGUCUUUACCUGAGUACUCUAUCCAUAAGGAUUCGUUGAAGAACGCGUUCUCUUCCUUUGCGCUGACUUUACCCCACGACUUGGAUCUGACGUUUAGGCGGAUUUCAAAGGGAGAGAGAAAAACUUUUCGGCGUUCCCAAACGGAAGUAAAAAAGGCACCAGUUCGAGGGCACGAUUUCUCAGUCGGUGUUCAGUUUUUGGCUAAAAAAUGA